UGAUGAAGAGGAUGUUGAUGAGGAGGAGGAGGAGGAUGAAGGAGAAGAUAUGGAUAAUGAUGAAAGCAGCAGAAGCACUGGAGAACUAAAGAAGAGCAAGGAGGAUGAAGCAAAGGUAUCCACAGGAAUGGUAAAUGAGAGCUACUCCACUGACAGUCGAGUUUGUGCAGUGACAGCCUGUAAAACAGCUGAACUCAUAUGUUCACAGAACCAUGGAUACUUUCAGAAUAAUGAAGUAGAUGAAGAGUCAGAGGAGGAUGAUGACUAUAUUCCCUCUGAAGACUGGAAAAAAGAAAUUAUGGUUGGCUCCAUGUAUCAGGCUGAAACACCAUCUGAACUGUGCAAAUACAAAGACAAUGAGAAAGUGUAUGAAAAUGAUGACCAGCUGCUGUGGAAUCCUGAAAUUCUUACUGAAAACAAGGUGGUUGAGUUUCUGACAGAAGCAUGUCGACGGACGGGAGAGGAGACUGGAGUAGAUGCUAUUCCAGAAGGAUCCCACAUCAAAGACAAUGAGCAGGCAUUAUAUGAGUUGGUGAAAUGUAAUUUUGAUACUGCUGAAGCUUUGCGAAGAUUAAGAUUUAACGUUAAAGCAGCCCGAGAGGAACUAUCUGUCUGGACAGAGGAAGAAUGUAGGAAUUUUGAACAAGGUUUAAAGGCUUACGGAAAAGACUUUCAUUUUAUCCAGGCCAACAAGGUCAGAACAAGGUCUAUCGGAGAUUGUGUGGCUUUUUAUUACAUGUGGAAAAAGUCGGAGCGGUAUGAUUUCUUUGCGCAACAAACUAGGCUAGGAAAAAGGAAAUACAACCUUCACCCAGGAGUAACGUAAGUAUCUGUGCUAACAA